UCUUUGUUCGGGCAGCGGGCGCAAGGGCCCCCUCCCGUGUUGUCACCCGUAUUGUCACCCGCACCCACCCGGUGCACUCCAUCCGCCUCCUGGAGUUCACCCCGACCAGGUGGCGGCGGGCGCCUUUUGGGGGUGCGCGGCCGUGCAAUUGGUGGAUUUUUUUAAACCUUUGUGGAGGGGGCCGCGCGGCGUAGGGGGCGGCGAGAGCACUCCUGGCUGCGGGCUGCUGCUCCUGCCUGGCUCCGGCUCGGCUCCGGCUCUCCAGCUGCUCCUCUCCGCGUCUUUCGCGCGCCUCGUCGCGCCCCGGCUUGGCCCAGCGCACUUCCCCGACGCAGCAGCCCGAGCCGGGCAGUGCCGGGCGCCGAGAUGAAGGUGCUGGGACACAAGAUCGAAUUGCUGGCAGGGCUGCUGCUCCACGACGUGACCAUGGCGGGACUGCAGGAGCUGCGAUUCCCCGAGGAGAAGCCGCUGCUCCGGGGCCAGGACGCCACCGAGCUGGAGAACCCUGACACCUUCCUCUCAGCUGUGGACACAGACUGGAAGGAACAUGACAUUGAGACGCCCUAUGGCCUUCUGCACGUGGUGAUCCGGGGCUCCCCCAAAGGGAACCGCCCGGCCAUCCUCACCUAUCAUGAUGUUGGCCUCAACCACAAGCUGUGCUUCAACACCUUCUUCAACUUUGAGGACAUGCAGGAGAUCACCAAGCACUUUGUGGUAUGCCACGUGGAUGCCCCCGGACAGCAGGUGGGGGCGUCGCAGUUUCCUCAGGGGUACCAGUUCCCCUCCAUGGAGCAGCUGGCCGCCAUGCUCCCCAGUGUGGUGCAGCACUUUGGGUUCAAGUAUGUGAUUGGCAUUGGCGUGGGAGCCGGAGCCUACGUGCUGGCCAAGUUUGCACUCAUUUUCCCAGACCUCGUGGAGGGGCUGGUGCUCAUGAACAUUGACCCCAAUGGCAAAGGCUGGAUCGACUGGGCUGCCACCAAGCUCUCUGGCCUGACCAGCACUUUACCAGACACGGUGCUCUCCCACCUCUUCAGCCAGGAGGAGCUUGUGAACAACACCGAGCUGGUGCAGAGCUACCGGCAGCAGAUCGGGAACGUGGUGAACCAAGCCAACCUGCAGCUCUUCUGGAACAUGUACAACAGCCGCAGAGACCUAGACAUUAACCGGCCUGGGACGGUGCCCAAUGCCAAGACGCUCCGCUGCCCCGUGAUGCUGGUAGUCGGGGAUAACGCACCUGCUGAGGAUGGGGUGGUGGAGUGCAACUCCAAACUGGACCCAACCACCACCACCUUCCUGAAGAUGGCAGAUUCUGGAGGGCUCCCACAAGUCACACAGCCAGGGAAGCUGACUGAGGCCUUCAAAUACUUCCUGCAAGGCAUGGGCUACAUGCCCUCGGCCAGCAUGACCCGUCUCGCACGCUCUCGCACCGCAUCUCUCACCAGUGCCAGCUCAGUGGAUGGCAGCCGCCCACAGGCCUGCACCCACUCAGAGAGCAGUGAGGGGCUGGGCCAGGUCAACCACACCAUGGAGGUAUCCUGCUGAAUCCCURGGCUCUACUCAAGACACCUACCCACCUGCAUCGAGGUCCCACUGCCAUCCCUGCACCGGCUCAUUUUCCCUUUAGUUUAUUUUUGUGAGGGCAAAGGGGGGAAAUGGGGCUA